AUGGGGGCCGCGUGCGUGGAGGAGCUGCGGGAGCUUUAUGCCUUGAAUGGCGCGUCCUUCAACGCCAUCAACACCGCAGCCAUGCUGGCGCGGCUGCCAAAGCUGCUCGGCGGCGGGGGCGGCGCCGGCGCCGGCGGCGCGGGCGCGGUGCGGCGCCAGGCGGCCUGUGCGCUCGGGAUGCAGCUGGCGGAGCGCCUGCUGCCGGCGGUGUACCUGCUCCCCUCGGCGCGGCAGUUUGCCAACGCCGUGUGGGCUCUCGGGAAGCUGGGGGUGCAGGUGCCGGCGCCGCUGCUGGGCUCGGCGGUGCAGCAGCUGCUGGCGGACGGCGCGCGCCUGCUGCGCAAUGCGCAGCCGUCAGAGCUGGCCAUGAGCGCAUGGGGCCUGGUUCGGCUGGGCUACGACCCUGGCUGCCCCGUCUGGGAGCGGCUAGCGCUGCUGUCAGCGGACGGCAUGUCGCGCUUCAAGCCGCAGGACAUAUCCACGCUGCUCUGGGCGUUCGCCGCGCGGCAGCAGGCGCUCGCGUGGCGCCAGCAGACGGCGGGCGCCCCGGCGGCGGCGGGGGCGUUCGGGCGCGCCCCGGGGCCGCCGCGGCAGCGGCAGCAGCAGCAGCAGCAGCAGCAGCAGCAGCAGCAGCAGCAACAACAGCGGCAGAGGCAGCAGCAGGAGCAGGAGCCCGGCGACGCGGCGGCUCUGCCCGCGCCGCGCGGCUCCUUGGGCCGCUCCAUCGGGCUCACCCACGCUCCCGAAUGGCCGGGCAGUAGGGACGAGGAGGACGACGCACACGCCUGGGACGAGGGCGCGCUGCUCUCCGAGCGGCGCGCGAGCAGCGCGUCCGCUUCGACCAGUGGGAGUGACGGAGCCGACCUGCUCGUCGCUUACUUUGGGUCUGGCGGCGCGGGCGCGGAGGACGCUGGCAGCCACGCCGCCGAGGCAGCCGGCGGCCCGACGCCGGCGUCCGUGCUCUUCGCGGCGGCGGCCGAGCGGCUGCUGCGGGAGCGGCAGCUGCUCGGCGGCUUCAAAACGCAGGAGCUGUCAAACGUCUUGUGGGCGUUCGCGACAGCCGGCCAGCACGACCGCGAGUUUGGAGAGGCGGCGGCCGAGGCGCUCGAGCAACGCGCGCACGCCUGCAACGCGCAGGACCUGUGCAACGCCGUCUGGGCGCUCGCGCGGAUGCAGGCGCCCCACGACGGCUUCUUCGGCGCCGCGGCGGCCCGGCUGGCGCCGCUGCUGCCGUCGCUGAGCGGGCAGGAGCUCGCAAACGUGCUGUGGGCGUAUGCGGCGACCGGCAACGCCGGCUGCGAGCUGUGGCGGGACGCGCUGUCAGAGGCGUCGCGGAGGCUCACGGCCCUCGGGCCGAGGCCGCUCGCUGCGGUGGUGCAGGUGUGCGGCGCUGCGUGCCGCCACGCGCGCGCGGGGCAGCGGCGGCGGCGCCCGGGCGCGGCCGGGGGCGGCGGCAGCGAGGGGCAGCAGCAGCAGCAGCAGCAGCAGCAGCCGCAGCAGCAGCCGCAGCAGCAGCAGCAGCAGCAGCAGCAGCAGCAGCAGCAGCAGCAAGAGCAGCGGCAACAGCAGCAGCAGCAGCAGCAGCGUUGGUGGGGCUUGGUGGACGAGGGUGGCGCGUCGCAGGAGCAGCAGCAGCAGCAAGAGCAGCAGCCGCAGCAGCAGGAGCAGCAGCCGCAGCACCACCAGCAGCAGCAACAGCAGCAAUGGCCGCACCGACGGCGGCAGCAGCGGAGCGACGCCCGGCAGCACGCCGCCGAGCGGCGCGGGGACCGCGCGGUGCUGGGGCUGGCGGCGGCUUUCUUGGCGCAGGCGGCGCCCUACGUCCCGGCAGCCGUGAGGAGCCUAUCCAUCAGGGACGUCGUCGGCGUCCUCUCCGCCCACGCGGCCGCCUCUCAGCCCCCGCCGCCCGCGGCGCUGCAGGCGCUGCUCGCGGCCUCGCGCCGCGCGCUGCCGCACAUGCUGCCGCAGCACAUGGCGCAGGUCGCGUGGGCGGUCGCGCGGCUGUCGCAGCGCGGCGCGCUGUCGCUGCAAGAGUGCCUGCUCAGCGGCGACGGCGAGGAGGGGCGCGACGGCGGCAGCGGCGGCGGCGGCGGCGGCGACGAGGGGCUUGGUUGCUGCUGCAGGGAUCUGGUGGAUGCUCUGGCGGCGCACGCGCGCGCGCGCAUGACGUCGUUUAAGCCCCACGAGAUCUCUCAGAUCGCCUGGGCGUACGCCAGCCUGCGCGUCGACGACCCGCCGCUAUUUGAUGCCGUCGCCGACGCGGCGACGCGCUGCGCGUGGCGGCUGCCGCCGCAGGCCGUCUCCAACAUCGCGUGGGCUUUCGCCGUGACGCGCACGUACAACGGCCCGCUCAUCGACGCGCUCGCCCGGCGCGCGCUCGCGGUUAUGCGCGCGUUUGCACCCGACGAGCUUGCGAAUUGGGUGUGGGCGAUGGCGGCGCUGAAGCACACGCACUCGCCCGCGUUUGCGGCCGCGGCCGACCUGGUCGAGGCGCGGGCCGGCGCGCUCGCGGCCGCGGACCCGCGAGCGGCGGCCAAGCUCGUGGUGUCGCUCGCGAUCGCGGGGCGCCAGCGGCGGCGGGUGUUCUCGUCGCUCGGCACCGCGCUGGUUGCCGCAGACGCCGACCGCCGCGAUGGGGGCGCCGGCAGCGGCAGCGGUGGCGCCGGUGCGGGCGCCGGCGGCGCGUUUGCGGACCUGACCGCGCACGAGCUGUCGCAGCUCCCGCUCGCGUUCGCGUCGCAGCAGCAGCGCCACCGCGGCCUCUGCGCCGCCGUCGCCGCGGAGGCGGAGCGGCGGUGCGACGCGCUCGCGUGGCACGACGCGGCGCGGCUGCUGGCGGCGCUUGCGAGCCUGCGGUUCCCGGCGCCCGGCCUGAUGGCCGCCUCACACUGGAACGAGUAA